AUGAAUAACUCAAACACAGUAGUGUAUGUAAAGGUCAAGGGAAAUCGACCUGCCGGCUUUGUCGAUCCCGCUCCCUUUGAGUGGAAUGUUGAGAAGGAGAAACAUCUUUGGGCCAUAGUCUCUAAGCUUGACAACUACCAAGACCAAAUAGAUUGGAAUGUGCUUUCUAAGACACUUGAAGCUCCAGAUUAUUUCCUCAAGAAACGAAGUUAUAAGCUCUUUGCAAUGCAUUUGAAACUACUAGAACAGCAAAUCGAGCGUAAGAUGAUGGCUAGUGAUAAUGAAAAUGGUAGUAGACAGACUAGCAUUCAACAAUUUGAACCCACCGGAGGUAUUCAUACGCUGACGGAGAGUUGUAUGAAAAUUCAAGGACCUGCUCAAGAUGAUCUGACAGAUGUGACAAAGGAAACGACUUUAAAGACUCUACAACAAUUACAUACAUCCAAAAUUUUGAAUCGUUCCAGACAUUUGACAAGUGAUGAUAAAGAGGUCCGAAGGAAUGGCAACGCCUCUGAUAGUGAAACUUCUUCUAGUUUAAGUGUCAGCACAUCGGCCCUUGAAGAGGCAUUAAUGGAUCGCUUGCAACUCUGA